GGUGACGUUUUCAGCAACUCCUCCCCUCUCGGUCCUCUAUGCCUCUGCUGUCUCCUCUCCCACUCUUUGAAGGUCUCUCAUCCUGUCUGCUGAAGUAUUGGUGUAACUGCCGAGAGACACUGCAACCAUGGCUGCUACUGGAACUUUCCGUAUGGUAUCUGAGGAGGAGCAGGCCAUGAGGUCAAAGCUGGAGCAUCUGACAGUGAAGGAUCAUGGGCCUGUGUUUGGGCCAUGCCUCAAACUGCCUGGUCACACUGUGCAAAAGGCGAAGGAUGAGCUGAAUGAGACAGAUGAGAGACGGGCGUCAUCACUGAAGGAUCUGCGGGCCAUGAUGAAGGAGAGGGCAGUGGAAGGAGACGACCUGGUAAAACUGGUGCAGGAGCGCUUUGGAGACAAACCGGACUCUCUGCUGCUGCGCUUCCUCAGAGCCCGAAAGUUUGAUGUUGCCAGAGCCCACGAGCUUAUGAAAGGUUAUGUGCGCUUCAGAAAAGAGUAUCCUGAGCUGUUUGAGAACCUGACCCCUGAGGCAGUCCGCAGCACCAUCGAGGCAGGAUACCCUGUGGUUCUGCCCAGCAGAGACAAAUAUGGCCGCGUGGUCAUGCUCUUCAACAUUGACAACUGGGACCUGGAGGAGAUUACUUUCGAUGAGGUCUUGAGAGCAUACUGUGUGAUCCUGGAGAAGCUACUUGAAAAUGAAGAGACUCAGAUCAAUGGAUUUGUCCUGAUAGAGAAUUUCAAAGGCUUCACCAUGCAGCAUGCCUCAGGAAUAAAGACAGCUGAGCUCAAGAAGAUGGUGGACAUGCUACAGGACUCUUUUCCUGCCCGUUUCAAAGCAGUCCAUGUUACUCACCAGCCCUGGUAUUUCACCACCACAUACAACGUGGUUAAACCCUUCAUGAAGGCCAAGCUUCUGGAGAGGGUUUUUGUUCAUGGUGAUGAGCUGGACAGCUACUUCAAAGAAUUUGAUGCAGAUAUCCUGCCUUCCGAUUUUGAUGGAAAAGCCCCAGUGGCUGACUACCAGAGCAUCGCUACUAAGCUUUUCGGCUCUGAAGACACCGCUCUCUGAAAGAAUAUUGCUUCCUCUUUUUUAGAGGCCUUAAUCCAAGAUCCUUCGCUUGUGAUCAGAUUUGUGGACAAUGAUGAAGCUAGGUUAUUUUGUGUGUAUGUGUGUGUGUUUGUGUGUAAUUCAGGCAGUUGAAAUAAACAACAGUCUAGAGUUAGAAGCAGGGGAUGAUUUGCAAAUAAUAGGAUUUAAGUGGAAAAGUAAAAAGAUGUUUAGAUAUUGCUGAGAGAGCAGUUGAUAGUUAAAAUAACUUCAUAUAACUAGCGUUCCUUGUUAUUGUGUGAACAAAGGAAAAAUGAAGAGAGUUGAGAUGAUGAUAUAAACCACAACCACAGUGACUUUGGUUUGAUUUAAUUUGCCUUAAAGGUAACUUUUACAAGAACAACUUUGUGCCUACAACACUUUCAUUUUAGCACAUGGACACAAGUUGCUGUGGUACAGAUUCUGUACUUUACAGUUUUAAGGGAUGACUUUAUGAAUAGACAAGCCAGCAUUAGAUUGCUGUUUCAGGAGCAGGGGACUCUUGAUGCAGUGCCUUGGAAAAAGUUCUCAAAAGCCUUGUUUCCAAAUCUGCAAGUAUCCUGUGGGUUGUAAUACUCAAGAUGUCUUGUGUACCAUAAAUAUCUUCUCUGCCUGUUACACUGGAUUUAAGUCAAUAAAAAUAUUUUGUGUCUACA